UACACUCUUGAAGAAGAAAAAUAUAUCUUUAUUGAAAAGGUUAAAAAUCCAAAAUCUGUUACAAUAUUAGUUAAAAAACCUAAUUCUCAUACAAUUGCACAGAUUAAUGAUGCUAUUCAUGAUGGAUUAUAA